GAGGACAUCUGCCUUCCCUUCCUGUAGUCUCAGGUCUGAGACUGCGUAUCCUGGCCACAGGCGGACCAUGGACGAUGGUAUAGACGGGAGCAGUGUCUCCCCCCCGGGACCCAAGAAGACCUACAAGGUUGGCUGGUUGAAGAAAAGCAGUGGGCUGCUUGGACUGUGGAAAGAUCGCUACAUUCAGAUACUAAGGACACAGCUCCUCAUAUGUGACCAUGAGGACGACCAAAAGUGUUUGGAGACACUGGAGCUUGCCAACUAUGAGAGAUGUCAGGACCAAAAAGCCUUUCUAAAGCGUAAAAGGCAUUUCACAUUGAUCCCAUCCCCAGGCACAAAGGUGCAAGAUGUCAAAUUUCAGGCUAAAAAUGCAGAGGAACGAGACGCAUGGAUCCAAGCCUUGAAUGAUGGCAUCAACCGGGGCAAAAACAAGGUCCUAGAUGAGGUGAAGAUAGACACUUCGUGCUCUUUGGAACAUGUGACCCGGGACAGAGUUAAAGUUGGGGCAACAAAGAGAAGACCCCCCACCAGGAUUCAUCUCAAAGAGGUGGCAGAGGCAGCUACUGAUGACUCUCUAAGGUUGGGUCUGGAGGCGCUGGACACUGGAAUAUUAACAGUAGUUCCCCCAAUGCCCAAGCCUAAGGAUACAGAGCCAGAACCUCAGAAGGAACCUGUAAAGAUCCCUAUGCCACCCAGAAAGCAAAACCCUACCCAAGCUUUGGAGACCACAGUUUCUGACACAACAGACAGUGAAGUUCAAGCACCUCUAGCACCACUUCCCCCUGCAAAAAGUCUUAAAGGAAAUGUAUAUGCUCGUGAGAAGCUACUGUCUGAAAAUGAACAGACAAGCAUGGAAGAAAAUUCAACACUCAAGGUCCUUCCAAACGAGAGCACAGAAAAUCUGAAUGAAGUGGCGAGUUCUCCUCCCAAACCUCCUCCUAAAAUUCUUUCUGACAAGAUGAAGAUAAAGUGGGUUGGUUCAUCAUCAGACUCGGAGGAGAAAGAGGACAUCAUAUCAGAGGAGAGAGGAAGCAAAGAGAACUUGGUUGAUUUUGAGUCUGAUGAGCUGGAAACCCCAUCAAUUUCAUAUCAAGCAGAAUCAUUAGAAGACUUACAAACAAAGGAGUUAAGAAGUAGCUUGAAUAGCUCUCAAGAAGAAAGUUGGAGGUUGUCCCAGCAUCUGAAUGAUGUGGACACAGACGAAGGAGCUCUUCAGGAGACGCCUGCAGAAAGUAUAUGUAAAAGUAAUGAGCAUGAAGAAAAACAUGAGAUAGAGAAGAAUGAUACACUAACAAGUGAUGUUCAAGAACAGCAUACUAAACAACCUACUGAUGAGAAGAAGGUCCGAUACGUAAAGCAUCAAAAGAAAACUGGCCAUGUGACAACACAAACACAUCACAUUAAAAGCAAAUUGAAAGCAUCUUCCAUGGGAGACCUCUUAUCCCCAAUAAAUGAAACAGGUAAGGACAGCACUAUGGUACAUCUAACUAAAGACCAUUUCAAUCAAGUGGAGAUGAAUCUAGCCUGUGGAAAGGAGAGAACAAAGACUCUGCUAAACCAAAUUUUGAUGGGCAAGCUCGGAAAGACUGCUGAAGGAAAUGGGGUGGAGUGUAAUCCAGAAAUAAUUCUGAAUGAUCUGAUGGCUCAACUUCAAGAAGCUUCUGAAGUUCUUCAGGAGAUGAAGGAAAAGGAGCCAAGAAAUGUUUCUAAUACAUCAGAUGUAGUGACUGAACAGCAGAAAGAAAAGCAAAGAGAAUUGAUGGCACUGCAGAGGAGAAGUGUUCCAUUUUAGUAAAUAGUUAGAAACUGGAAGAACUUGAAGACAUAAUGCAAUACAAGCUGCUUUAGCACUUUACUCUUUGGAAUCCUUCUGUCACAGCUUGAGGACCAAACUAUCUAAAGUUCCUGUAAAUCCAGUACAUUUUUGCAGUAAAGAAAUCUGUCUAUUAUCUUU